AUGGUUGCUCAGGUGAAGAUUUGUUACGGUAUUAACAUAAAAUACCAUCAUGCUUAUAAAGAGAAGGAAUCAUCACAGGAAAAGAUAUAUGACGAUGAUGUAAAAAUUUAUACAGAUCUUGUUUGGUAUGUCGAAGCAAUAAAGGCUAUCAAUCCUGGUAGCUAUGUUAAUUUUGAAUAUAAUAAACAGACUAAACGGUUUGAGAGGCUUUUCAUUUGUUUUGCUGCCUGUAUCAAAGGAUACAAGUUCAUUUUCCCUACGCCUUAUUAUGAUGCAACAUUUCUCACUAGGAGAUUCAAGGGAACGUUGAUGGCUUCCACUGGCGUGAAUGGGAACCAAGGGUUUUUUUUUCCUUUCGCGUUUGCUUUAGUUCCUUCAGAGGACAUUGAAGGUUGGGAGUGGUUCAUGGAAAACUUGCAGUAUUGUGUCGACGAUCGUCCUAUAUACUUUAUCACUGAUCUUCAUAAAGGGCAGAAGCAAAGUAUUCCUAAGCUGCGCAUUGUUACAGCGUUGCUAAAUAUGAGUCUGCUUUGGAUGAGAUGUAUUAUUGGAUGUGUUUGGGCUGUCGAGUACCUCAUAAUUAUCGAUCCCAAGCAAUGGGAAAAUGCUUUCUUCGUAGGAUGUAGGUAUGGGACACACUCAUCAAGUAUUGCAGAAUCUUUCAAUAGCUGGAUUCAUCGUGAAAGGAAUUUGCUUCCAGCUUCUCUUGUUGAUGAUCUCAGGAUAAAGAUUAUGAGGAUAAGUUCAGAAAAACGCGAUCUUGGUAGAACUUAUCUAGAUAGUUUGACUCCCAUAUACAAAGCUAUACUCAAGAAACAUGUCGAUAUAGAUCGUCUACGGAAUGUUACCGAGUCAGGUAACGAUAUCUAUGAGGGUGCACUCUCCCAGCUCUCAUGUUGUUGA